UUACUUGAAUGUGAAAAAGUAGGCUAACGAGAGAAAAACAAGAACUUUAUUUCGAUUCAAAAUAGUGUUCAAGUGUUUGACAGACAGAAUUUUCAAAAAAUAAAAACUUUAAAAAUGGUGUCAUUACCGCAUCCGUUUGUGUAUUCGCAAAAACAUGGAUCACAUUUGCCAUAUUCGUCAACACCAUCGGCUUGGUAUCCAAAUUAUUCAUCACAUCAUGCGACCCAUCAAAUGAACAAUCACAUUUUAAAUGGACCAACACCGCUUGGCACCGGACUGGAGUCGGAUACAGCCGCCCCAUUUUAUAAUGCCCAUCAUCAUAUGUUGCAUUCGUCAAGUCCGGAUUGGAUACAUGAUAAUUACAACCAAAUACCAAAUUCGGCGCAAUUUUUUGCUAACGGUAUGACACCACCGUCCAGUUUACAUUUGAGCCCAACGAUAAACAAUCUUCAUAGUUCAAAUAGUACAAAUGCAAAUAGUAGCAGCGAUAACUUACAAAAUGGUCUACAAAAUAUUCCACCAUCACCGCCGAUCACCGUGAAUUCAGCAUGCAGCGAAAUGUCAAGCCCAGGCAUUGGUUCGAAUGGUAACAGUGGCGUUAUAGCCAAUGGUGAUGCAUCGCCCAGCAUGACAUCGGCCAAUAAUUUAUCGCGACCAAAAUCACCAUAUGAAUGGAUGAAAAAACCAUCGUAUCAAAGCCAACCGAGCUCUGGAAUAGAGCACUGCACCUCAUCCAUAGACGAUUAUGCAUCUGCAAUGGAAUCGAAUGGAAAGACCCGUACAAAGGACAAAUAUCGUGUGGUAUACACAGAUUAUCAGCGUUUGGAACUUGAAAAAGAAUAUCAUAUGUCACAUUACAUAACGAUUCGUCGAAAAUCGGAGUUGGCCACAUCGUUGCAAUUGUCGGAGCGUCAAGUGAAAAUUUGGUUCCAAAAUCGUCGCGCAAAGGAUCGCAAACAAACGAAAAAGCGUGAUGGUCCAGUUGGUAGCGGCGGAAUUUUAGCGAAUAAUUGUUCAAAUGUUGGUCUUGCAUUGCAACAUCAUAAUAUGGUAAAUGGUCCGUCUGGUUUGGGUGCCGGUUCAAUGUAUGGUUCAUUGGAUAUUAAGCCAAAACUUGAGCCUGGUUUGUUGUCAAACAGUCAUCAUUAUGGUCAUUUGCAUCAAGCUCAUGCAACACAUCCGAUGCAUCAUCUCAGCACAAUGAGCAUGAAUUUGCUACAUCACCAAUCCCAUAUGCAUCAUUCAGCUGCCGCACAAGUUUUACCACCGACACCGAUUUCAUCGUCACCAUCCACCAGCAUUCAAUCUCAAGCACAUUUAUCCUCUUAAAUUGGCAUCGCCUUUAACUCGGCCACCCACCCAUCGAUAAUACAACAACAAUCCAACGCCUGGAAUUCAUUGCUGAGAUAAUGUGAAAAAUGGAUGAACAUACAAACAAAUUGUUAUUAUUAAAAGAAAUAAAGUUGGCAAUUAGUAAGGGAAAAUAAGAAUGAUGUCCGUUCCAUAGUCCUUUAGAUUAGACGAUAUCACAUUUGCGAUUUUAAUUUUAUUAUCGCAACAAGAGAAUAGAUUAAGCAUUGAAUUCACAUGUUUUUUUUUUCUUUUUUUUCUAAUUUUAAUAUCUUUAUCAAUUAACGAAAACAGUGUUUUGUUUAUUAAGUUUCUUUCUUUUUUUUUUAUAAUUUUUAUAAUUAGUUAAAUAUUAUCUUUCAACAUCAAAAGUGCAUUAUGAAUUUAUUAGAUAGCCGGAAUUGUGUCUAGAAUCAAUUCUGUUGUCACUUGUUUACCACAUUUUGGUAAAAAAAAAAAAACGAUUUCUUGUUUGAAGAGAAUAAAAAAAAUUAAAUGCAAUAAUUACAAAAUAAAUCCAAUACCUCUACAUUUCAUGCGUAGCGGUUUAAAAAAAAAAGGAAUGAUCGAGAAAAAAGUCAGAUAAGGGCCUGGAAUAAUGACCACAUCAUUUUUUUUUUAAUUAUUAGCAAAAUUAUGGAAAAGACAUAUUUUUACUUUGUUUUCUCUCGACAAAGACACAACUGAUGCAAAAAAUUAUAAGUGCAAUUAUGUAGAAAAAAAAGUAGUGUGUGCAAAAUGUAAAGAAACACACAAACAACUCACAUUAUAUACUAUGGGAUAAUGAUAAGUUCUGAGCAUGUUCAAAAACCGAACGAUAGCUGUUCACUAUUGGAUCAAAACUAAGCGCGAUUUAAUCAUAUAUAUAUAUACAUGUCUACCCACUUAACAAUGAGAUAAUAUUAAAAAUUUAUAAAUCACUAAUUAGCAUUAUUCAAAAGAAAAAGUGUUAAUUGUCAGCAAAUCUUGUAUAUCUUUAAUUGAAUGCAACGAAGAAACAAAUGAGUUACGAGUAUUUGCAAAUUAAAACGCACACACACAUACACACACAGGCACAUUUAGAACACUAAGCUUUGAUUGUAUGAAUUUUCCUCCAAUUGGGUCGGUUCGUGGGUGGCAAAAUGUUUUUGUCCACUGUGAACUGGCACAUACACCACGAAAUAAAUAUAAAAAUUAAAAUUCAUUUCUUUCAUCAUAAUGCUCCAAGUAGAGUUAACAUAUUUGAUGUCAAUUUCUUUUGAAUAUAUAUCCAACAAAUAGGUUUAAGAUUUGUCGCACACACCUACAUCUCUUUUUCUUUUUCACCGUGAUUUGAAAAUUAAAAAAAAA